CUUCAUUAUAUAGGCACCCUCGCAUCAUUUCUCACUCCGUUUUUUCUUUAAAUGGGUCUUCCAAGAAGCUGAGAUUCUUGCACCGUAAUUCUCUACUCGUCUCCAAGACUUCAACUUUCCUUUACCAUUCAAUCAGGAAGAGAAGUACCGGUAAAAGGUUGGGUGGUGUGAAUUUAGCGGAGACUAAGAUGGCUGGGAUUCAAGGGAUAUCUGCAACUUCGGAUGUGAGAACCGGGAAUAUGAUUUUUGAGCCUAUUUUAGAGGAAGGAGUCUUCCGUUUCGAUUGCUCUGCUGAUGAUAGGAAUGCAGCAAAUCCAAGUUUUUCUUUUGUCAACCAGAAAGCAAGGGAGACACCUCUUAUGAGUGUUCACAAAGUUCCAUCUUAUAUUCCUACUUUUGAAUGUGCAAUGGGGCAACAAAUUGUUAAUAUUGAGCUUCCACUAGGCACUUCGUUCUAUGGUACGGGAGAAGUUAGUGGCCAGCUUGAAAGAACGGGUAAAAGGGUAUUUACCUGGAAUACUGAUGCGUAUGGUUAUGGUCCUGGAACUACCUCAUUGUACCAAUCACACCCUUGGGUGCUGGCUAUUCUUCCCAGUGGAGAGGCAAUAGGUGUUCUGGCCGAUACUGCGCUGCGCUGUGAGAUUGACUUGAGAACAGAAUCCAAUAUAAAGUUUAUUGCACCAACAUCAUAUCCUGUUAUUACAUUUGGCCCCUUUGCUUCUCCAACAGAUGUUCUUAUAACUUUCUCUCAUGCGAUUGGGACUGUUUUUAUGCCACCAAAGUGGUCCUUGGGUUAUCAUCAGUCUCGUUGGAGCUACAUGCCUGACACCCGAGUUCGUGAGAUAGCAAGGACAUUUCGGGAGAAAAAAAUUCCUUGUGAUGUCAUAUGGAUGGACAUAGACUACAUGGAUGGUUUUCGAUGUUUUACAUUUAAUAAGGAGCGUUUUCCCAAUCCAAAAUCCCUUGUGGAAGAUCUUCAUCAAAGCGGUUUCAAAGCUAUCUGGAUGAUUGAUCCAGGGAUUAAAUCUGAAAAGGGUUAUUUUGUCUAUGACAGCGGAUCUGAAAAAGAUGUCUGGGUUCAAACCGCUGAUGGCAAGCCUUUUGUUGGUGAUGUGUGGCCUGGACCUUGUGUAUUCCCCGACUUCACACAAUCAAAAGCCCGGUCAUGGUGGGCUGGUGUAGUUAAAGAUUUCGUUUCUAAUGGUGUGGAUGGAAUAUGGAAUGAUAUGAACGAGCCAGCUAUUUUUAAGACUGUAACAAAGACAAUGCCCGAGACCAACAUUCAUAGAGGAGAUGAUGAAUUUGGAGGUUUACAAAAUCACUUGUAUUAUCACAAUGUCUAUGGCAUGCUGAUGGCGAGAUCAACAUUUGAGGGGAUGAAGCUAGCUAAUAGAAAUAAACGACCCUUUGUUCUGACACGAGCAGGAUUUGUUGGUAGCCAAAAGCAUGCUGCAACAUGGACAGGAGAUAACCUCUCCACAUGGGAGCACCUCCAUAUGAGUAUUUCCAUGGUUCUCCAACUAGGCCUCAGUGGUCAACCACUAUCAGGACCAGAUAUUGGAGGGUUUGUUGGUAAUGCAACUCCGAAGCUGUUUGGAAGGUGGAUGGGCAUUGGUACCUUGUUUCCAUUUUGUCGUGGGCAUUCUGAAACUGGCACUACAGAUCAUGAGCCUUGGUCCUUUGGAGAAGAGUGUGAGGAAGUUUGCCGCCUUGCAUUGAUCAGGCGAUACCGUCUUUUACCACACAUAUACACUCUCUUUUAUAUGGCACAUACAAGAGGCACUCCUGUGGCUACUCCCACAUUUUUUGCUGAUUUGAAAGAUCCUGAGUUAAGAAAACUUGAGAACUCAUUCAUGCUGGGACCACUUCUUGUAUAUGCAAGUAGCCAGCAUGACAAGGACGUGGAUCAAGUUCAGAAAAAGCUGCCUAAAGGCAUAUGGUUAAGCUUUGAUUUUGAAGACUCACAUCCAGAUUUGCCGGUGUUAUACCUUCGAGGUGGAUCCAUUAUUCCAAUAGGUCUCCCGUAUCAACAUGUUGGUGAAGCUAACCGUACGGAUGAUUUAUCACUGCUUGUGGCUCUGGACGAACAGGGUAAAGCUGAAGGUUCUCUCUAUGAAGAUGAUGGAGAUGGAUAUGAUUAUACUAAUGGCAGUUACCUGUUGACAACCUAUAUUGCUGAACGUCAGUCUUCGGUUGUUACCUUGAGGGUAGCCAAAACCGAAGGAUUGUGGGAAAGGCCAAAGCGCCGCUUACAUGUAAAGCUAUUGCUUGGUAAAGGUGCUAUGCUUGAUGCGUGGGGUACUGAUGGAGAGACUAUACAAAUAACAAUACCAUCAGAGAAUGAAGUGUCGAGUUUGGUAUUAGCAAGUGAAAAUAACUACAAGAUUAGAAUGGAAAAUGCUAAACGUAUACCGCAUGUGGAUAGUGCCUCUGGGCACGAGGGAGCAGAACGUUCCAAAACACCAGUUGUACUGAAAAAUGGGGUUUGGGAGCUAAAAGUGGUUCCGUGGAUUGGUGGUAGAAUAAUAUCCAUGGACCAUCUUCCUUCUGGAACUCAAUGGCUUCACAGCAAAGUGGAUAUACAUGGGUACGAAGAAUAUAGUGGCCUCGAGUACAGAUCUGCUGGGUGUACAGAAGAGUAUUCUGUCAUUGAGGAUCUAGAGCAGGCAGGAGAAGUCAAAUCUCUUAUGUUACAAGGAGAUAUUGGGGGUGGAUUAGUCCUCGAGCGACAGAUAUCUUUGCCAAAAGACACCCCUAAGGUUUUCCGGAUCGACUCUGCCAUUGUUUCUUCUAAAGUUGGAGCUGGUUCUGGAGGGUAUUCAAGGCUCGUAUGCUUGCGUGUACAUCCAACGUUUACGCUGUUGCACCCAACCGAGUCAUAUGUGUCCUUUACAUCCGUUAAUGGUUCCAAGCAUGAAGUGUGGCCAGAAUCCGGUGAGCAAAUCUUUCAAGGGGAUCUUCUCCCAAACGGUGAAUGGAUGCUUGUGGACAAAUGCCUCGGUUUGGCUCUAGUGAACCGAUUUAACGCGGAUCAAGUAUACAAGUGCAUGGUGCAUUGGGGUUGCGGGACAGUUAACUUGGAGCUUUGGUCAGAAGAUAGGCCUGUGUCUAAGGAAUCCCCUCUCAAGGUUUCGCACGAAUACGAGGUCACAAACAUACCUUAAACUUGUGUACUCCAUGAAAUUUAAGAACUUGUGUUUUGCAACUUUUAGUGGCUGAAUAAACUUGUAAUGGGAGAUUGUCUAAUAAAUGCUUCUAACAGAUAACUGUGUAAUGUUCUCCCUUCCCUCUCAA